CCGCUGCUCUCCUGUCAGUUCCCAAAAGUCUCUAGCGAAAGUGACGAGAUACUUGCAAAGUCCGCCAAAGUGACUCGGCCAACGCUAUUAACCGGGACGGUCCAUUCACACAACUCUACAAACUGUGAACUCUGAAAAGUGUAGUGAACCCAAUGAAAAGUUAAAACGCGUUCCAUUAAUUAAAUUUUGCGAUGAUUGCGCAACAUAAAACGGUUUAAUUUACAAGAAACGGUGCAUUUUAUUGAGUGAUAACAUUUAAUUGUAAAAAUGGCGUGCUGUGAUUGCUGUAUCGGAGUCUCUCCGAUUCGACCUCCGAUAAGCCUCAGCGAACAAUCGGAUGCCCUUAGAGGGCCCGAGAUGGUUCGUGUAUCAAAAUUCUACAAAGAAGCGAAAAACGGUCGUUACCUUCGCUACUUACACGAAGACACACGUACACUUUACGAAACUUUCCGACGGGGCGUCAAAGAAUCAAAUAAUGGCAACUGCCUCGGAUGGCGCGAGGGACCAAAUAAACCAUACGUGUGGCAGACGUACAAUGAGACUCUGCUAAGAGCGAAAAACUUCGGAUCAGGACUUAUAUGCCAAGGACUUGUUCCUGGCCAAAACACAUUUGUGGGUAUUUAUUCGCAGAAUUGCCCAGAAUGGGUGAUGACAGAACAGGCUGCCUACUGUUAUUCAAUGGUCAUUGUGCCACUAUAUGAUACUCUCGGAGCAAAUGCAUGUGCCUUCAUUGUAAAUCAAACCGAAAUGUCCGUAGUUAUUUGUGAAGACGACAAAAAAGCCAAUUUGCUUCUCGACCAGUCGCCGAGAUGUUUAAGGAAACUGAUCACCAUUAAGGAGGUCUCGCCUUCGACGCAUCAAAGAGCGAGGAGCCGAGGCGUGGAAAUUCUUAAGUUCAGCGAUGUCGAAAUACAAGGCGCGCAAAAAGAUCACCCUUGCCUCCCACCAAAACCGGAAAGUUUAUGUACAAUCUGCUACACAUCAGGCACAACGGGAAUGCCUAAAGGCGUGAUGUUGACCCAUGAGAACGUGGUUGCAUCGAUGUGCAGUGUCAUUAUGCAGCUAGGAGAACAUCGGCCCAUGAAACAUGACGUCAUGAUCUCCUUCCUACCUCUUGCACACAUGCUGGAGCGGUGUUGCGAGAAUGCUCUCUACAUGGUAGGAGGAGCCGUGGGUUUCUACAGCGGUGAUAUCCGACGACUAGGUGAUGAUUUGAUAGCUUUGAAACCAACAAUGAUGCCCGCGGUACCGCGUCUUCUGAACAGACUUUACGACAAAGCACAAUCUGAGAUAUCUAGUUCCAAAAUCAAGAAACUGCUGUUUAAUAUGGCGCUAUCGGCAAAGGAGUCAGAGCUUAAAAGGGGGAUAGUGCGUAGUGACUCUGUCUGGGACAAGCUGGUGUUCCGCAAGGUGCGCGAGGGUAUGGGUGGACGCCUGCGUAUCAUGGUGGUGGGGUCCGCGCCACUCGCUGGCAAUGUGCUCACUUUCGCACGAUGUGCACUCGGCUGCUUGAUCGUGGAAGGAUACGGUCAGACAGAAUGUACAGCACCAGUUACUCUCACAGUUCAGGGAGACCACGUACCUGAACAUGUCGGUCCUCCCGUCGCUUGUUGCAAAGUGAAGUUAGUGGACGUGCCCGAGAUGGAGUACUACGCAUCACAAGGCCAGGGUGAAGUGUGCGUGCAAGGUGCGAACGUGUUCAAAGGAUACUUCAAAGAGCCAGAUAAGACUAGAGAGGUCAUUGACCACGACGGGUGGCAUCACACGGGAGAUGUUGGCAAGUGGCUGCCGAAUGGAACCCUGAAAAUUAUUGACAGAAGAAAACACAUCUUUAAACUGUCACAAGGCGAAUACAUAGUUCCUGAGAAAAUUGAGAACAUUUACAUUAGAAGUCAGUACGUUGAACAAGUUUUCGUUCAUGGCGAGUCUCUAAAGUCAUGUGUAGUAGCAGUGGUUGUACCAGACGUGGAUGUUGUGAAAUGCUGGGCGCUGGAGAACGGUAUCAAGGGGACAUUCUCAGCCCUCUGUGAGGACGAGCGCGUCAAGAAGAUCAUUCUAGACGACAUGCUGCAGUGGGGACGUAAUGCUGGACUUAAGACCUUUGAACAGGUCAAAGACAUCUACCUGCACCCGGACCCCUUCUCAGUACAAAACGGUCUCCUCACGCCCACAAUGAAGGCGAAACGGCCAGAAAUCAGGAGCUACUUCAAACCCCAAAUAGAGGACAUGUACAAACAGCUGGAAUAACAGCGUCGCACGCUUUAUGUAGGUGAAUACGUUCAAAUUAUGGACGAUACUUUAGUGCGUGACUGUACUUUGACGUGAUUGAGGCUUGAGGGACUUUGUUGCUUUAGUAAGUUAGGAAGUAUGAAACAGCUUGAUUUUAAUGGAUUUAUACUAAACUUGGUCAGUACUUGAUAUUAACAGUAACUGAUCAAUGGAAUCAGCCGACUAAAAAGUCGAAUGAGAAUCAUACGCAGAGAUUUACAGUGUAAUAACACACUAAUUAUAAAGUUUAGACAGAACUAACAAGUCAUAAAAAUGCUAGAAUAUCGUUACCGUUUGAAACCGCCGAAAUUCGGCUUUUACGACUACUAAAGAACUAGUGAGCUUGUUAAUUCGUUUUCUAAUGUGAAGUUUGUUUUUAAAUCCCAAUUGGAUGGAGGCCAAGUUCAAUAACAAAAAACAAAACACAAUGAAUUAUGAGGUGAAGGAAGUUGGUAUAGGUCCAAACAAUACAACGGCCGUGCCAAUUAGCUCAAUCGAUGUCGUCAUUAGCGAUUUAGACUCGACUCUUCAACAACCUGAAUCGAUUUUAAAUCGAAUAGUAAAGUUUACUACACAUUUUAUCUUACAUCAAUCUUUAUGUUUAACUUCUCCGAUAUUUUUAAGUGGUUUGUUUUUCUUGGUUUUCCUCAAGUUUUAAUGUUCAGUAUUUCAUUUUUAUUGACUGUAAUAACUCAAAGAGCAACCGUUUAGUUAAAACUCGGCGGUUUCACACGGAUCGUUAAUGUUUUUUUUAUCUGGGUCAUCUGUUUGUUCUUGUCUAAAAUCUUAAAA